GUAAAUCUUCCGGGUUUUUUUUUAGACUUCAUGCAGCCGGAAAUCUGCAAAAUAAAAUCGUCAAACAAUCAAUCCUGUGUUGUUUCUUCAGAUCGAUGUUUAAAGAAGAUGAUCAGCUGACCGAGGAGAGAUAAAGAUCUGAUCUCAGAAUGGAGCUUUCAUCUUUACUUGAUGAACUUCAUCUCUCCUCCUCCUCAGAGAAGCUCCUCCCCUCUCCCACUCUUCCUCCAAUCACAGAGCUCCUGACUCGGCUGCAGGAGAAGCUGAUUGGUGCAUCAUCAGACUCUGAAAAGACCACGUUGAUUGGUCGGGUUGAGCGUCUCUUCCAGAUCGCUGACCCUGAUUGGCUGUUCCCCCAAGCCUCACAGGCCAAUCAGGAUGCUCAGCGUGAGGAUCUUCAGGCGGCGUACAGCUCUCUUGUCUGCGCUCUGAUUGGCUGUGCCGCUCUGCCGCUCUGUGAAGACGACUGCAGCUCUCUGCCGGCCUCAGCCUAUCGUAGCAUCCCGUGCAGAGCAGAACCGGUAUGCUCCGCCCUCUCCGCGUUGCUGGGUACUCUGGGAAAUACAGGAGGUCUGGAUGUUCUGCUGCUGGCUGUAGCUCCGCCCAUCUGUGUGUUUGCUGUCACACAUUUCCAGGAUCAGGCGUGGACCAGCUCCUCCUCCCGAAAGGCGGCUCAGAGACUGCAGGAGGCGCUGCUGAGGGCAGGUCGCUGGAGGGACUCCCCCCACCUCCUGAUGGGGGACGUGAGUCAGGGUGAGGAGGAAGGGGGGAAGAAGAAGAAGCGCAGAGGAAUAGUGGGAGGAAUCCUGGACGUCCUGCAGCCUCAGCUGGCCAAGGACUCGUGGCAUCGCUGUGACGCAGUGAAACUGGUGUUUGCAUGGACUCUCCUGCAGGUGACUCGACCUGCUCUCUCCCCUCACCUGGCCCGCCUCCUCCCACCCUCCCUCCUCUUCAACGACCACUUCAGACAAGAGAACUGCAUUCUGGGAGUUCGCUGUCUGCACCACGUCGUGCUCAACACACCGGCUGCAGAUCUCCGUCAGUUCAACAGAGCAGAAGUUAUCUACCAGGCUUUGUUCAAACACCUGUACACCACGGAGGCUGCUGUCAUACAGCCCGCCCUGUCGUGUUUGUCGGACCUGUUGUUGGUUUUGGAGAAGCCCCCCUCCUCUCUCGCCCCGUCCUUGUCCCCCAGAAAGCCCUGUCGCCAUGACGACGUGCUGCGCCUGGUCCUGACCCACAUGGAAGCAGAGCACAAAGUGGCCCUAAGACGCGUCUACGCCUCUGCUCUGCCUCCGUUCAUAGACAGGAUGGGCAUGGCGGUUUGCAGACACCUGAAGCGGCUAGAGCGGGUGGUGCUGGGAUACCUGGAGGUCAGGGAUCCACCUGAAGAGACGAGUCGACUGAAGAUCCUGGAGGCGCUGCAGAAAACCAUCAGAACAUCCUGGCCACGGAUUGCGGGCCGUGUCACCGUGCUGCUGCGUUGCCUGUUGAAGUUGCUGCUCGAUGUUUCUUCAGACUCUCAGCUCAGUGAUUCAGUUCGUCAGGAGCUGAUGAAUCAAACGACUCUUUGUAUCGAACAGCUGGACGGUGUCUCUCAGGGAAACCUACAGCCUCUCCUCCUGCAGGUCGACAGCAGCUGCUGCAGCUCCGACAUCCUCAGUUGCCUCACAAAAAUAACUACAACAACAGACAGGUGAUGAGGCACACCUGGAACAGACGCAGAGAGGACAGAGCAGCUGUUUCCUGACAGACAGAUUGAUGGGCGCACGAGCAGAGGACCAAUGUUUGCCUCCGGGAUUUAGGAGAGCAGAGACAAAAACAAAGACCAAGAUGCAGUUAAAAACAGUUUAAUUAAAAGAUAAAUAUCAUCGUCAUUCAUUUGGCUUCAAAGAUAAAAAAUAUGGCUACAAUAAACGUUCAUGAAGGUG